GCAUCUGGUAAAGCAUAGCUGUCGGCUUCGUACUCAGAAUCUGAGAUAUGAAGUCCCAUCACAUUUACUAUUACACAUCUCUUUGAAAGCACCCAUCAUGGCUCUUCUGACAUCUUCUUCUUCUACUUCUAGUAACUGUUUCUCUUUCAGCAUUGCUCUCUUCAAUGCCAAACACACACUGUCAUGCUCACACUUUCCUAAUGUGACAAUGUGGUAGCCAAAGGCGACAACUUUUUUAUUUCUUGCAGCCUUUGCUUCUGUCACUAAGAUCCCCAGUUUGAAUUGAUCCGAUCCUUUUUGUCAUCAAUGCCAUUAUUCAUGAAUUGGGCAAAGCUAAAACCUUUAACUCACUUUUGGCACUUUCGGUUGUCUAAAUCCCCGGUCUUUCACUUGUGGGUUUUGCUGGGUUUGUUAGUAUCUAUCUUGCUCUCUUUGUUCUCAUGGCUUUUUCUUCUUUUGUGUGUCUUUUCCUUGUUGGGUUUCUUGUUUUUGCAGGGAAGUUGCUUGCUGAAAUGCCUGACUCAGAUGAUGAGGUUCCACUAGAGAUGGAAAAGAAGGAGCUUUUGGGGAUUUUUGAGGUGAUGGGUGCCCUUCUUGAGGACUCUGAUUGGCCUCUAGAGCACCCACAACCAUGUACUGAGACUCAAUGGCCUGGUGUUCAAUGUGAGAUUGGGGACGAAGACCCUCCAAUGUUUCACGUCACAAAGAUACACAUUGGCCCUGAUAUUCUCACCCCUCCUUGCAAAUCAUCUGCUACUUUAUCAGAGUCCCUUCUCAAACUACCUUACUUGAAAACCCUCUCAAUAUUUAGUUGCUUUUCAACAUCACAAGUCACUCUUUCUCCAAAGCUCUUUGGUGCAUUGUCUUCCUUGGAGCACCUAGCCCUUGUGUCCAAUCCAACUCUCUCAGGUGAAAUUCCCUCAAGUUUAGCCCAAAUUUCCAGCUUAAGGGUUCUGACUUUGUCACAGAACAAUUUACAAGGAAAAGUCCCUAGUAAGAUUGGUGCUUUGGUCAGCUUAGAGCAACUUGACUUGAGUUACAACAACUUGAGUGGUCAAAUACCAGAAGAAAUUGGAGGGUUGGAUAGUUUGACCAUUUUGGAUUUAAGUCAGAAUGUUCUUGAAGGUCAGCUGCCCUCCUCUUUUGGUCAGCUUCAACUCCUCCAAAAGAUUGAUUUAAGCUCAAACAGGCUUGGAGGUUUGCAGCAUUUAGAGUACAUGGUAGCUGAUAGCAACCCAAUCAAGACAGAAGUUCCUAACUUUGUUGGGAAGCUCAUGAAUCUCAAAACACUCAGCUUUUCAGAAUGUGGGUUGAUAGGCCCAUUACCCAACUUUCUCUCUUCCUUGAAGAAUCUCACUGCUCUUUCUCUAAGCAACAAUAGCCUCACUGGGACUGUUCGUCCAAAUUUGGGCACUCUUCCAAGUCUUGAUUUACUAAAUUUGAGCAACAAUCAGUUGAGUGGUGAGCUGACACUUCCAGAAGAUUUCAUUGAGAGGCUUGGGAAGAGGUUGGUGCUAAGAGGAAACAAUGGGCUGUGUACAAGCAAUCCACUCAACAAGAAGGAGAAUAUUUCUAGCCAUGUGAUAGCCCCUCUGUGUUUGAAUCCAAGAGGGCCCAGAGAUGACCAGACCUUGGCUGGUGAACACCCAACUGAGUCUGAGAGAGUGAAGCCAUUGGAUCAAGACCCUGUGCAGGAAAGUUCAUCUACAGGUUCUUCAUGGUCACAUGUAAAACUGAAUUCAUUUGGUUUUGUUUUUUGUUUGUUGAGUAUGUUAUUGUAAUCUACACUUUUAAUUUCCAAUCUGAGAGGCAAGUUGAGGAACUUAUUUUCAUUUGCU